UCAUGGGGCCCCUGGGCAAUAGGGGAUCAUGGGGCCCGUGUCCUUGACCAAACUCAAAAAAGCCUAUGAAAAAGGAACCAGGGGCAUCUCAUGGGCUCCCUACUGACCCCCGGCCCUUGGGCAGUGCCCGAGUUUCCAAAUGGUCAGUCCGCCCCUGCAUGCGACUUGAGACACAUUAAGUCACAGAAACAUUUGUUUCAAUGGCAGUGUAAACCAAACCUAAAGGAACCUUAUGCAUAAAAAAGCGUCACAAAAUCCUUGAGGCCAAUGGGAA